AUGGACUCUCCAGUUGAUAUUUUCAAACCUGCGGUUGUAGUCUUGGCUUCGAACGAAGACUCAAUUGUUUUCCCUUCGGAGAACAGCACAGAAUUUCGCUUGGAAACCAUCAAUGGUGACAGUGCGAGUAUUAUUGUGGAUGUUGGUAGACUGAUCAAAGUCGUUGUUGGGCCGUCCAGUGUUGCCUUCUUAGGAACAAAGGCUAUUCAAUUGAUGCACAACGACUCCAAGUCUCUACAGACUUUCGACAAUGACAAGUCGUUUGUUGAUAUUACUUGGGAAUCACAUUGGCAUCUCGCAUCAAAGGCAGAAACUCUCGAAACAUACAAACUUACGGAUGGGACUGAACUCAUUGGAAAUACGGAUCACCAAGGCGACUAUAUGGAGUUUAGAGACGGCCUUUUCUACAGUACUACAAAAGUGUGCGGGUUUACUCUCAGCGAGCAGUCGGUUGCGUACGGUUCUGUUUGCUACAAUGGCCACGAGCCUAUUCUCUCGUUUGCAGCCUCAGGCGACCUUGUGGCUCUUGGGUUUGAGAAACGGAUCGUAGUGCUGAACAAAGAAAAGUACGAAGAAAUCCAUAUACGCAAUGUGGCCCGCGCUCUCACAUUUUACGACGAUGAGUUAUAUCUCUGUCAUGACAAUGGUGUCUCGCAGGUAGAAUACGGGGAUUUCAGCGAAAAGAUAACCUCUGAAACAGCAGAUGACUCUCCAUUCAAAGGCAACAUAUGUGGGUUUGCUGUCCACACUUCAGAAUCUACGCCAGAAACCGCAUCAGGUGGUAACGUUAUCUCUUUGUCCGAACAUGAACAUACGGUUGCAGAGUUACAAGCUCAGAUCUCCAAACUUAAAUCGGAACUGAGCCUCUGCAGAGCCCAAGACGAGCCAAUUGUUCCCUCUACAUCUCUGGAUACCCGGUUCGAGACUGCUAAUUUCCCCACUUCCAUCAGCGAUGCCUUUGCCCAAUUGUUUAACGGACAGGAUCUGUACUACUACUUUGAAAUCAAGCAAAAAGAGUUAGCAGAGUAUCUGGCAGGUACGGAUCCGGUCCGAGCACAACUGCUGAGACUCACCCUUAUAAACGACUUCCCGUCGUCGGUCCUCGCCGAUAAACUUGUUGCCGAGCUUGGCCCGGUCGUCGCGGCUCCAGACGUGUUUGAAGCAGUGAUGGGGAAAUAUCAUGUUUAUGAGCAAUAUAAGUCUGGUUAA